AUGGCACAUCAGAGUUCGCGACCUCGACCUCGUGUUAGGCAGCCUGCAGCUCAAAGGAUUUAUAGGAAUUCGCAGAUUCGAUACGCUCCUGGUGCAGGAGGAGAGACAGAGAUCAGUUGCUGUGUGAAGUAUUCCGUUUUCGGCUUCAAUGUAUUAUUCUUUUUAAUCGGGUUCGCAUUACUGAUAAUCGGUGUAUGGGCGCAGAUUGAGAAGAAUAAUAUCUAUAGCCACUUGAAUAAGGCGUCAAAAUUAUACCUUGACCCGACGUGGAUAUUGCUUGUUGUUGGUUUAGUCACGUUUGUAAUUGGAUUCAGUGGUUGUGUUGGGUCACUUCGGGAAAACACGUCUUUUUUGACGUUAUACUCGUCUCUACUAGGUUUACUAUUGAUAGCAGAGUUUGCUGGUGCUGUAUUUGCGUAUGCUUGCCGAGACCAGUUGGAUACAUAUAUCCGGAACUUGUUGAAUGAUGUGGUCGUCGGAUACCGUGAUGAUCCGGAUCUACAAGUGUUGAUAGACACGAUGCAGGAGUCUUGGCAUUGUUGUGGGAUAAAUGGUGCUGAUGAUUGGGAUCGAAAUACAUACUUUUCCAUAGCGGCUCGAGAGGUAAGGCAUGCAUUCCAGGUUUCUUCCGUUCCGGGCAGCUUAAUUCCAUUGUUGACUUGUGCAUCUCUGCGAUUACUUCCAAAGAAAUCGCAUUAA